AUGAAGGCACAUUUACGGGAUCCGAAUUGUUUUAGAUUUCCUUGUGCAUGCAUUUUGGUUAUUUUGUUUGUCUUUACCAUCGAGAUUGUGAAUUGUACUAUAUUUUAUGGGCAAGUUGAGGAAAACGCGCCGGCUGGAACAGUGGUCGCUGGGUUUGCUUUACCUUUGGGAGCCAAAUGCCAAGAAUCAAUCUUGCCAGGACGGAAAACAAUUUUAACAGGACAGGAUUCAUCGGAUUUUUCACUUGAAUAUCAGGAGAACACUGGAUUCGUUUUAAAAACCACCAAAACUUUUGAUAGGGAAUUCAAACCGAGCUAUACAUUGAGCGCGCACCUGCCGGGCUGCAACAACGCGACUGAAGAACUGACGAUUCAAAUCGAGAUACUCGAUCAAAACGACAAUACGCGACAAUUUAACAUACAAAAUGAAAGGACAGAAGUUCACAGCGAAGUUCAAAGUCGAGGUAGGAAGCCAAGAGCUAUUUCUGAAGAACUGUCUUACACCGUUACAGUUUCUGAAGAUGUGAAAGUUGGAGACUUGAUCUUUACGGUACCGGACCAGAAGUUCGAGAAGAAGUGGUUCGAGGUGCUUUCUGAAGGGAACUCACCGGUCCAGAUAGAAAGAGAGUUGGGACGCGUGUAUUUAGCACACCGUUUGAUGUCAACGGCUGAGGUCACGGUUAAAAUUCAUAACACGAGAGGUGAUGAAUGGUACUUGUGCAGGCUGACUCUGAACCUCCCUAACCUCUCAGAUCUGCAGUGGGCCAUGUUCCCUUACCCCUACCUGGCAGCUGUAGGCCCUGACACUGGUCCUGGUUCUGUGGUCUACAAGCUUGUGGCCCGAAGUGGAGAUGGCUCAGUGGGAACAGCAUACUUUCUAUUGGUGGAUGGUAGCGAAGAUUCAUUUGAAGUAGACCGAACCACAGGAGAAGUGAAAACCACAGGGCGACCUCUGACACCCAGUAAGGUGUACACCCUGUCUGUCCAGGCCGUGGAUUCACGGGGCAGGAAGGGUCCUCACGCCUCUGUGUUCAUACUGGCUGGCUUCCGGCCCCCUCAGUUCACCAACACCACCUACACCAUCUACGUCCCAGAGAGUACUGGGGUGGGCCAAGCGGUGACGAUGGUCCAGGCUAUCUCAUUCCAGAGGAAGAUGUUGUCCUAUAUGCUUUUGGUGAACCCAGGUAACCUUUUCAGCAUAAACCAGGAGACCGGCGCUCUCAGCCUGACGCAUACUGUGGACUAUGAGAGUGGGCAACAUCUGCACCACCUGCAAGUCAGAGCAUCCGAGCCAGAUACAGGGCUUAGCAACAUUGCAGAGGUGGUAAUUCACAUCACAGAUGAGAAUGACUGCACGCCAGAGUUUAUGCACUCUAUUUACAGUCAGGACAAUGUUCCUGAGACCACUCCUCCUGGUACCUCCCUACUGCAGGUUCUGGCGAGAGACUGUGAUGCUGGCCUGAACGCAGAACUUUCUUACUUCAUCCAGAGCAUGGACUUUGACAUCUCCUCUCAGGGAGUGGUGAGCCCCAGUCAGAUGUUGGACUAUGAGAGACCCAACCACCUGUAUGAGUGUACAGUAGUGGCUGUGGACAAAGGAACGCCCGCUCGCACUGGCACCGCCUCCAUCCGGAUCCGCAUGGCCAAUGUCAACGAUGAAGUCCCUGUCUUUUCACAGACUAUCUAUAAAACCUUCCUUUCUGAGGAUGCUGGUCCUGAGACGCUGGUGGCAAUUGUGCACGCCAAGGACCCAGAUGGGGACAGCGUAACUUAUGCCAUCACUGGGGGAAACGAAGAUAGUAACUUUGAGCUCGACAAUCAGAAGGGCAUCAUCAAACUGCGCCGCAGCCCUCCACCUAAACUGCGUGGGCCUCAGUAUGUCCUCAACGUCACGGCAACCGACGACAACUCAGCUGGCGGGCCACUUCCUCUAAGCAGCUCUGCCCAGGUCAUUGUUGGCAUUAAUGACGUCAACAACAACAAGCCAGUAUUUGAUGAGUGCCAUAACUACGGUGUGAAUGCUCUGGUCCUGGAGAAUCAGGCCCCAGGGACUUCCGUCCUGCGCGUGGAGGCACGUGACGCUGACACCGGGGUCAAUGGCGAGGUCAAGUAUGGGAUCAUGCAAAGAGAAGGGGCCUCACCGGGAUUCACUAUUAACCCUGACACAGGUGUGAUCAGUACGGUGGUAAGUUUUGACCGGGAGAGACAGAGAGAAUAUACACUGUCAGUCACGGCUACAGACCAAGCUCAGGAGCCCCUCAUUGGCAUCUGUCAGAUCACUGUCCUCAUCGCUGACCAGAACGACAACGACCCCAAGUUUGAGAACAGCCGCUACCAAUACUUCCUGCGAGAGGACACGCCAGUUGGCACCAGCUUCCUGAGAGCAGCGGCUCACGAUGACGACCAUGGUACCAAUGCAGCCAUCACCUACUCUCUCUCCCAGCAGAGCCCAGCUUACUUUCACAUAAACCCCAGUACAGGAUGGAUCUACGUCAACCACCCCAUCUCACAGACCUCACGAAUCAGUCAGCUGAUCAUUGCUACAGAUGGAGGGAAUCGGAGCAGCUCGGUCGACCUCACUGUCAUCAUUACCAACGUGCACAACCAGCCCCCGCAGUGGGAACAAGCAGAAUAUUGGGUCACAAUCCCGGAGAACACACCACGUGACUCGAAGAUAGUGACCAUAAAGGCGACAUCCCCACUUGGUGACCCCAGGGUGACCUACAACUUGGAGGAAGGUCAGGUUCCCGAGACCAACAUGCCUGUGCGCUUUUACAUCAAGCCUAACAGGAGGGAUGGUUCUGCCUCUAUUCUGGUGGCAGAGAAUCUAGACUACGAAACCACACGUUUCUUUAUGCUCCGCGUGCGCGUACAGAAUGUGGCGGCUGUACCGCUAGCUUCCUUCACUACUGUAUAUGUCAACAUUACAGAUGUCAACGACAAUGUUCCUUUCUUCAUGUCAUCCACGUAUGAGGCAACAGUACCAGAGGGUGCAGAGAUUGGCACAUCAGUGGCACAGGUCUCAGCUUCUGACCUGGACUCUGGCCUCCAUGGCAUGAUUAACUACAUUAUUCUAAAGGAUCAAAGUGGUGACUCACAGUUCUUCAGCAUUAAUUCCUACACGGGCAUCAUCCAGACACGGGCCACCUUUGACCGUGAGCAGAAAGGCUCUUACUUGAUCGAGGUCCAGUCUCAGGACAGCUCAGAGUCAGCCCGGCCCAGCCAGCAGGGCCAACCCAACACAGAUACAGCCUAUGUGAGGGUUUUUGUCACUGAUGUGAAUGACAACGCUCCAGCCUUCUCUCAGUCUGUGUACGAGAUCAGUGUGGAAGAAGACAAGGAAGUGGGCUAUGUGGUCAUUACCGUUACAGCUAACGAUGAAGAUGAGGGUGCCAAUGCCAAACUGCGCUACCAGAUUACCGUGGGGAACACCAUGGGCGCAUUCGAUGUGGAGCCAGAGGUUGGCACGAUUUUUAUUGCCCAGCAGCUGGACUACGAGCAGGUGCAGCGCUACGAGUUACAGCUGGUCGCAUCGGAUGGAAAGUGGGAAAACCAGACAAUGGUUGUCAUUAAUGUCAUCAACCAGAAUGAUGAGGCACCUAUUUUCACUCAAACCGAGUACCAUGCCAGAGUCACAGAGGAGCUUACGGAGCUGCCUGUUCUUGUACUAGAGGUCUCCGCCACAGAUCCAGAUCAGGAGGCGGACCAGAGUGCAGUGCGGUAUUCUCUACAUGGGCAGGGUGCUGGUAGUGAAUUUACCAUUGAUGAGUUGAAUGGUAGGAUCUAUGCACAGCGGCGUUUAGAUCGCGAGGUUCGUUCGGCCUGGCAGUUCCUUGUACUGGCCACCGAUGAGAACUGGGCUGGUCUAACGGGGUUUGCCGAUGUUCUAGUCGAUGUGCAGGAUAUCAAUGACAAUGCACCUGUCUUCCUGUGUGCCACGGAUAACUGCUCUUUGGGUCAUGUACCUGAGAACUCCCCAGCAGACACUUCCAUAAUGGAGAUGCGGGCCACCGAUGUAGACGAUCCAAAAGCUGGCAAGAACGCUAUCCUGACAUACAGAAUUGUGCAGAAUGUGCGUAAUGAAAUCAAUCUUAACCUCUUCUCCAUCAAUCCAGCCACUGGCACCAUCUAUACCGUUCUGCGUUCUUUGGACAGGGAAGUGGUGGACAGAUAUCUUGUUGUGGUGGAAGCUCGGGAUGGAGGAGGACUUUCCGGGACAGGAACAGCCACGAUUGUGGUUUCCGAUGUAAAUGAUCACCCUCCAGUUUUCACCCAAAGGGUCUACAUGGCGUCAAUGCCAGAGAACUUGGACAUCAACAGCGAGGUAGUGGUAGUGGCUGCCACCGAUGGAGAUGAAGGUGAAAAUUCAGUCAUGACCUUCAGCAUCAUUGGUGGAGAUGAAGACCGCAAGUUUUUCAUUGAGACGGACAAGGUGAACCACCGUGGUGUGGUGAGGCUGAAGAAGAAGAUCGACUUUGAGAAGCCACAUGAGCGCACUUUCAACCUGACCAUCAAAGUAGAAGAUGCUGACUUCUUCAGCCUGGCUUACUGCGUCAUCCAGGUUGAAGAUUCCAAUGACCAUGCACCAGUCUUCUUCCCACAGUUCUAUGAAGCUGGUUCGAUGUUCGAAGACGUUCCAGUCGGCACCAUUGUGGCUCAGGUGACUGCUGUGGAUUUGGAUUCUGGUCAAAAUGGGAGGUUCACGUAUAGCAUUGCCCCAGAAUCUGACCCCUUUCAGCAAUUUUUGGUGGACAAGAGUGGUUGGGUUGUAGUGGCUGACUUUCUGGACAGGGAGAAGGUGUCCCAGUAUAGGCUCAUGAUCUUAGCCACAGACAUGGGCAGUCCUGCUCUUACCGGUUCUGCCAUUGUUCUAGUUACCGUACAGGACGUCAAUGACAACGGACCAGAGUUUGAGGCUGCAUAUCGGCCCAUUGUAUGGGAGAACACUAUUGCGCCACAAGUCGUUCGCAUGAAUGACACUUCGGUUCUGCUACAUGCCAUUGAUCGAGACACAUCGUCAAACGGAGGGCCUUUUUCCAUCCGUCUACUGAUGUUAACUUCUGAUGUGACCAACUUUAACUUGACUGACCUGCGAAAUGGCAGUGCCAUGAUAACCGCUCUCCGCACCUUUGACCGGGAACAACAGAACCAGUACCUUCUCCCCAUCCUGAUGAUUGACAGUGGCUCUCCUCCAAUGAGCUCCACCAGUACUCUUACUGUCAUUAUCGGAGACAAAAAUGAUAACCCCCAUGCUCCUGGACACAGCGAGUUUAUAGUGUACAACUUACAGGGUAUACUCCCCACCAUGGUACUUGGACAGGUUCAAUCCCCUGACCUUGAUGAUUGGAGCGAAAAGGUGUACAAGUUUGAAGGCAAACCCCCCAGACAGUUCAGCCUUAACCAGAACACUGGUCAGCUGAGCAUCAGAGAGGGGACACAGGCAGGUUUCUACAAUCUGCAUGUGAGGGUGGCAGAUAAGAACUGGCCUGACGUCACCUCCACAGCUGAGGUCACAGUGACUGAACUAGAGGAGCAGGCGCUGAAGAACGCUGGGUCUAUUAGAUUAGCCAACAUAACGGCAAAUGAGUUUUUCUGGACAUCUGUGAAUGAGGAGAGCCGAUAUAUGCGUCUCCGGCGCUUCUUGUCUGAGCUCUUGCAGACAGAUGUGGAGAAUGUAGAUGUCUUCAGUCUGGCCUAUGGCAGCCAGUCAGCUCAGCACCACCUUAGUGUGUGGUUUGCUGCUCACGGCUCACCGUACUACAAGCCAGAGAAACUCCACGGCUAUGUGGCCAUGCACAAAGCCAAGUUGGAGUCAGCUCUGGGUGUGGCCAUCCUACAGGUGGGGGUGGACGAGUGCGCCUAUGCAAGCUGUGGUCAGACAGGCGGCUGCUCUAGCAAAUUGACAUUCAGUGACACCCCUACAGUACUGAACAAUGGAAAUGUCUCUCUGGUGUCUGUCUCAGCCAAAGCAAGUGCUCAGUGUGGCUGCCUGGCCAGAGAGAGUGUUCACCUGCACUGCUCUUCAUACCCACAAAACCCCUGCCUGAAUGGCGGCACAUGUGUGGACAGCGAAUUGGGUUACAGGUGUAAAUGUCCCCCCAUGUUUGACGGGCCAGAAUGCCAGCAGACCAAACACAGUUUCCUCGGCAAUGGUUACGCCUGGUUUCCUCCCAUAAAGCCUUGCUUUCAAAGCCACAUCUCUCUGGAGUUUAUCACAGAGGCAGCCAAUGGCCUGCUGUUUUACAAUGGCCCAAUGGGAACACCUCAGCCAGGAGAAAAAGAGGACUUCAUUGCAUUAGAACUGAAAAAUGGUGUUCCUUUACUAAGUGUGAAUCAUGGCUCAGGGACACUGACACUGCAGCUGCCUGCAAGAGCCAUCGUCACAGACCGCCGCUGGCAUCACCUCGACAUCAUCAAUGAUGGCAAGACAGUACAGAUGAUUCUGGACCACUGCUCUGAGGCCAUGGUGAACGAGGUGGAAGGUCUGGGAGUGGAGAUGUUUGAGACAGAUCAGUCGAUGUGCAAAGCCUCUGGAGAGACUCCAGGCAGUGAGAGGAUUUUGGAUGUCUACCAGCCUCUCCAGCUGGGCGGAUUUAAAGAGACACACCCAUUCCGCAGGUCACACCCACAUUACAAGGGCUAUGUGGGAUGCAUGAGAAACCUGGUGGUGGACAGUCAGGUGUAUGACCUCGGCAGCGCAGCAGAGAGUGAGAACAGUGUUCCAGGAUGUGCCCUAACCGACAGUGUGUGUCUGACUGCUGGAGGACUCUCCUGUGGGGUUAAUGGGAAGUGCUUGGGCGAAUGGGGCUCCUUUAGCUGUGACUGCCACCCUGGCUACAGUGGACACAAGUGUGACAAAGCUCUGCCUGAGUGGUCAUUUGAGAAGGACAGUGUGCUCCGGUACCAGCUAAGAGGAGGAGGAAGUCCACGCAAGACUCAAGCUCACCUCCUGCUCAGAACACGCUCCUCCAUGGGCAGCCUGCUAAGCAUGGCCUCCCACAACACCAAUGAGUUCAUUAUCCUGGAAAUAGUAGAUGGGUAUCUCAGUGUCCGUGCUAACCUUGGAGAUGGUGCCAACACUCUGAAACUAAAAGGUCAACGUGUGAACCACGGCCAAUGGGUCCUGGUUAGCCUUCAUCGCCACGACAACAUCUUUACUCUGCGACUGGAGCAGGGUGGGGGAUCACGAGAAGUCACAGGGGUCCUGGGUCAGAAGAAGGAAAUAGUGGUUCAUCCCUCCGGUGUGUUUCUGGGAAACAGUGCCACUCCAAAUGUCCAUGGAGACUUUCAAGGUUGUAUGCGGGACGUGAGACUGAAUGGUCACUCUCUGCCUUUGGAUGGUCAGGGCACAGAUUUUAGUACAGUACUGGAGCACCGUGGGGUUGUGCCUGGUUGCCACUCUGAUGCCUGCAGUGCCAAACCCUGCCUGAGCCCGCUGUACUGUGUGGACCUGUGGAGAAAACAUGAAUGCAGGUGUCCAGCUAAUCAGGUUGCGGUGGUGGAUGAGGUCACAGGUCUUAAGUGCUGCGCCCCCUCCCCCUGCGGUUCCACCACUUGCCGUAAUGGUGGUACCUGCCUGGCCCACUCCACCAAGAGCUACCAGUGCCACUGUGCAGAGGGCUUCAGGGGCCAGUGGUGUGAGAUCGGCCAGGUCAAAUCUCUCCGCCUCGCCGCACUCAGUCCGAGCUCCAUUCUGGCCAUCAGCAUGUGUCUGCUCGUCUUCUUCGCCGUGCUCGUGGCGGUGACCGUUUGGAAUCAGAAGGGCAGUCGGAAUAAGUUCCGUAAGCGAGGUGUAUACCACAUCCCAGCAGAGCAUGAGAGCUGGGAGGACAUCCGGGAGAACAUCCUCAACUACAACGAGGAGGGAGGAGGAGAGCAGGACCAGAAUGCCUAUGACAUCACAGAGUUGAAGAGGCCGCUGUGCUCCAGCUUGUCCCAGUCUUCAUCCUGCACCACCGCCCCCCUAAUCAAGUCCUCUCAGGGCUCCCAGGAGGAGGUCCACCCCUGUGGAAACGUUGCCAAUGGAGCCACCCUACCCUACCACCACAACGCCACCUGCACUGCCCAUUGCUCCAUGGACUUCAAAAGCUACGUGUCGCGCAUCAUUUGGGAGGCCGACAAUGACAGCCUGGGCUUCCCCAUGGACACCUGCCAUGUGUACUGCAUCGAGGGAACAGGCUCCACUGCAGGCAGCCUCAGCUCUUUAGGAUCUGCCAUCACAGAGGAGAACUUUAGCUACGACUCCCUAUGGCACUGGGGCUCCAAGUUUGAAGACCUAAGCAAGCUUUAUCGCCAGCCAGAUCUGGGCAUCCCUUAUAUGGAUACGAUGCAAAACCAAAGCCAGGGUCUCCCUCUAAACCAGAUCCAGGAACAGCAACAAUAACCUGACAACCCCAGCACUUCAAGCCUAGCGUUUGUUUUGAGUGUUUGUGUUUUAUAGCCUUUACUGGGUUCCUGAACGCUACAAAAAAAACCUGUCCUAAGAAACUAUGUUUGUGUUCAUAUGUGAUACAUUCACAAGCUUUAAAGAUGAGGAGCAACAGAAUUGAUUUAUUUUAUUUAUUGAGUGCUGUUAGUGUGAAAUAUUCUGUGUACUGUAUUUAUUUUUGCUCUGAGAUGUUCUUCAAAUAGGCAACAAAGCCAGUGAACCACCACUCGUCCUGUCAUUAUGAACAUGGAUGAUGGAUUUAAAUCCAACUUGUCACAACAUUUCAGUGAACACAUAAGGGGCCGUUCAGACCAAACACAUUUUUGCUUUUAAAAAAAAAGUUCCAUUGAUGCACAGUGCAACAAAUGGAACAGAAUGAUGAUAUUUCCAGAUGCGUUUUUAAAAGUAUACGUUUUUUUAAACUUGACAAGAUGGCGUUCCUGUGCAAAAUUGAAAAAAACAACGAGAAACUGCAUCCAUCAACCACAUUUACAUAAAAAAACAAUAAAAACGUUCCACUGCAUUCCAUUGAACUCCAAAAUUUUGAAUUUCUAAAUUCUUUCAUGGAAAGGUGCAAUAGAACUUUUUUUUUUUUUCAAGUGUCCCAUUUAAUGUCGGACUUGCAACUUGGAAACUUGUGCGAAAAUCUAUAACUUCAGUUUCGAAACAAUGUGGGUAUAUGACGUCACACGAACAUGACCUAUGGAGAUAAACAUUCACUGUUGCAUCAAAUACAUAAAUAAAUCAAAUUUUUCUACAUUUUCAUGAUCAUAAAACCUUUUUAGCAGAUGUUUGCAUGAAAGCAAACGCUAGCAAAUUGUCAUUAUUCCUUUAUUUGUCAUCUUGCAAACAUCAGACAACAGAGCACAGUUAUUCCACAUCCACCUUUAAAUGGAACUUAUUCCAAGCAGUUUACCGAUCAUGGCGUAAUGUUUUGCAAUUCUACACUUGACCAAAACACUCUUGUUUUAAUGGACCCACUUGCACUAGUGAUGAAUGCCCACUUCUGAAUUUUAACUCAGAAGCAUACAGUAUAUUGCCAAAAGAUAGUUAUGUAUAAACCUUAAGAUUUCAGAGGUCACUGAUCUCCCAAUGAAUCACAAAUCUGCUCAUGCAUAGAGUGCAUAAAUUAUAUUACCUUCUGUCAGUGGCUGAAUUAUUUUUUACUCCGGUAUUAAUCUGCCAUGAAUAUUUAUUGCAUAGGCAUUCCAGGGGGUUCUUUUCUUUCUCUCAGUUGGAAAUGGAGGGACAUAGUGUGUCAUAAUGCCAAUCAUUUCUGAUACUGGUGUGCUGAAACAUGGUGACAUUGUCAUGGAUACCAGCAGAUGAAUGUAUAGUGUUAAAUUAGAAUAACGAGAAUCCACUGUGUAAAAGUCUUAAAAGUUUUUAAAAAAAAUGUCAAAUGUCAACAUAUGCAGUGCAGAUACAAUCACAGAAAUGCUUAUAAAAUUUGUAUAUGGCAAUAUACUCACAAAAGAUCUGUAUAGCUAUAUUUUUUUGCUGUGAAAAUCAAGAAUAUUCAUGUGCUAAAAUGUCCAGACUUUAUAUUUUGUAAAUUGAGUCAUAAGAGAUUGUUUCUCAUUUAGUUUGGCAAGGUAUACCCCUCUAAUCUCUGUGAAUUACACACACAACCCUUGUCAACCGUAUGCUCAGCAUACCUAUAUAAAGAAAUAUAGGUCAGCUCACACAUGGCCACUUCCUUUUCUACAAGCUGGCCUGAAAGGACCAGGCAAGGUCAGUUCAUGCUGCUUGUAAAGCUUAUAACAAGAGCAUGAGGUCAUCAUUGCCACAGUGGCUUAUAGAUGGCAUUGAAUUUUCCUUAAAGCCCAUCACAGCCUUCUGUGCUGCUCAUUGUAUUGGCUACAUAGAGCCUUUGUCCAAACCAUGUAAAUAAUGUAAAUAAAUAAUUACUUUU